AGGGCUCCCGGCUCUGUGGAGAGAGGGCGCUCUGGGUAUUCUUCGCUAAUGACAGGGGGCGCUCUGGGCGGCUGCUGUCGCUUCUCGCUGGUUAAUAUGGCGGCGGCCUGGGCUGCGGCGGAGUCGCGGAGUCGCGGAGUCAGAGCCCGUGAAUUAGGGAUCUGAGGACCGCCGCCCGGCUGUCAUCGUGAAGUGAGACCGGGAAGGGGGAAACGGGUCCUGCCAGGGGUGAGCCGUCCAUAGAGCCGCCGGCCGCCGAGAGGAUCAUGUGACCGGCUCACCUGGGGCCAUCCCGGUGGCUGUUGCUGCAAAGGCGGAGAAGCGGCUCAAGAAAGGCCGGGGAUGGGCCAGCAGGUAGGCCGGGAGCCCCCCGGGGCACCGCCACCACCCAGAGGGAACCGGAGUACCGGGAGCAGACCGAGCCACCAACCGGGGACCACUGGGAGCCGCAGGAGAGAGCCGACCGGGAAGAGCAAUCCUGACAACGCCGGCUUCAAUAUCUUCACCCAGCACGAAGCUUUGCACCGUCCUUUUGGCAGUGACUCAGAACCUCAAUCACUCAAUGAUGCCAUCCGCUGGAGCUCCAAGGAGAACCUGCUCGGAGCCGCAGAAAGUGACCCCAACCUCUUUCUUGCUCUAUAUGAUUUCGUGGCUAGUGGAGACAAUACCCUGAGCAUUACAAAAGGAGAGAAGCUUCGUGUGUUGUGUUACAACCAGAACGGGGAAUGGUGCGAGGUGCUAUCUAAGAACGGCCAGGGCUGGGUGCCCAGUAAUUACAUCACUCCUGUAAACAGCCUGGAGAAGCACUCGUGGUACCACGGUCCGGUGUCUCGCAGUGCAGCCGAGUAUCUCCUCAGCAGCCUCAUUAAUGGCAGUUUCCUGGUGCGCGAGAGCGAGAGCAGUCCGGGCCAGCUGUCCAUCUCUCUGCGAUAUGAGGGUCGAGUCUACCACUACCGUAUAAACACUGCCUCUGAUGGCAAGGUCUAUGUCACAGCCGAAAGUCGUUUCAACACACUGGCUGAGCUGGUUCACCAUCACUCCACUGUGGCUGAUGGCCUUGUCACUAUCCUACACUACCCGGCACCCAAGUGCAACAAGCCCACCGUUUACGGAGUCUCCCCCAUCCAUGACAAGUGGGAGAUGGAGCGCACGGACAUCACCAUGAAGCACAAAUUGGGAGGGGGACAGUAUGGAGAAGUUUAUGUCGGGGUUUGGAAGAAAUACAAUCUCACUGUCGCUGUAAAAACACUCAAGGAAGAUACAAUGGAGGUCGAAGAAUUUCUUAAGGAGGCUGCAGUGAUGAAAGAGAUCAAACAUCCCAACCUUGUCCAACUCCUAGGUGUCUGCACACUGGAGCCCCCAUUUUACAUUGUUACAGAGUACAUGUACUAUGGGAACCUGCUGGACUAUCUCCGAGAGUGUAACCGGGAGGAGGUGACUGCUGUAGUUCUGCUUUACAUGGCCACACAGAUCUCCUCUGCCAUGGAGUAUCUGGAACGAAAAAACUUCAUACACCGGGAUCUUGCAGCAAGGAACUGUCUUGUGGGCGAGAAUCAUGUAGUGAAGGUGGCGGAUUUUGGGCUCUCUCGGCUCAUGACAGGAGACACAUACACAGCACAUGCUGGUGCCAAGUUCCCCAUAAAAUGGACUGCUCCAGAGUCUUUAGCAUACAACACUUUCUCUAUAAAGUCAGAUGUCUGGGCAUUUGGAGUUCUACUCUGGGAGAUUGCCACCUAUGGCAUGUCUCCUUACCCUGGCAUUGAUCUUUCUCAGGUAUAUGACUUGCUGGAGAAAGGUUACCGCAUGGAACAGCCAGAGGGUUGUCCUCCAAAGGUCUAUGAGCUGAUGAGAGCGUGCUGGCAGUGGAAUCCGGCUGAUAGGCCCUCUUUUGCAGAGACACACCAAGCUUUUGAGACCAUGUUUCAUGAUUCCAAUAUUAAUGAAGAGGUUGCUGAGGAACUGGGGCGCAAUGCUGCUGCCUCUACAUCCACGUCGUGUCAGAGUCGCCUCCCUCUGCUGCCCUCAAAAUGCCGCACACUGAAAAAGAAGGCAGAGAACAAAGAAAACAUUGAGGGUACUGGGGAUUCAUCUGAUAACUCAACCUCCAGCACUACACAAGGAGUUCUUCGAGGAUCUCCUGUAGCCACUGGCUCUCCGGCCCUUCCCCGCAAGCAGAGGGACAAAUCUCCAAGCCUUUUGGGCGAUUCUAAAGAGACUACGUUUACACGUGAUCGGAAGGGUGGAUUCUUCAGUUCUUUUAUGAAGAAGAAAAGUGCUCCACAGCCUCCAAAACGCAGCAGCUCCUUUCGUGAAAUGGAGAACCAGCCUCAUAAAAGGCCAGAGCUGACCGGUGAGCUGUCUGCUUUUCCACACCUUGAUGGCAUUGACGCUCCUGCUUCUCCUGGCUCUCACAAAAACUAUGGAGGAGUAUCCCAACGCAGUUUUGCAGAAGACUCGAUAGCUGGAGUAGGUGGUGGCUGGACUGGAAUAUCUGGGUUCUUUACCCCACGUCUCAUAAAAAAGACAUUUGGAUUGCGGACAGGGAAAUCGGGGAGCAGUGAGGACCAGUCCAAACCUUUUCCGAGGUCCAAUUCCACAUCUUCCAUGACUCCUAUUGUUCCUGAGCAGGACAGAAUAUCCAUGACCCUGCCCAGAAACUGCCAUCGGACUAAGGUCCAGUUGGACCGAGCUGCUUCAGUAUCUUCUCAACCAGAUGAGAACCAACAUGAGCUUCCAAGAACUGCAUUGGACAUAGCACCCCCUCAGCCAAACCGGGACAGUAAAGUAAAGUCUAAAAUGCUUCCGCGGACUGGAGGCAAGGAACGAAAUGGUGGUUUACGAACAGGUGCAGAUGAGAGGUCAUCGCCCAGCAAACAGUCUGGUGCUGUUUCUUCUUCUUUCCCUGCAGCUGCCCACAACCACAAAGUGCCAGUUCUCAUCUCUCCGUCCCCGAAGAAUGCAUCUACAGAUGGCCAGCUGGUUGGAAUGGAUUCUUUAGGUCACACCUUUAAAUUGCUUCAGGAACAUGUCAUGCCAGCUGGCUGUGAGAAGGAUCGUCCUUCUCAUCGCCGUCUAAAGCCAAAAUGCGCACCCCCUCCUCCACCAAAUCUGAGGUUCCUCCAGCAAUCGUCAGCUGGUGAUUCAACCCCCUCUGCAUCUGCACAGUCAGUCCCUGAACGGGUAUCCAAGCCAGUCCGACCUUUGCUGCCACCGCCACCUCCAGUCACACAAGGCGGAAAGCUCUCCAAUGGAGCAGCUGGAAGUGGCAGGGGUGCCCUGCGGAAGCCCAAGCAACCUGCUGAGAAAGUACCUGCAGAAAAAAUAAGCAAAGAGGCCCUGUUGCAGUGUGCUGGAAUGCUGUCCACGGCUCUAGCACAGCCCCAACCCAACAGCCAGCUAGUGGACACAGGCCAUCAGCUUCUGGACUACUGCACUGGAUAUGUGGACUCUAUCCCCCAAACGCGAAACAAAUUUGCCUUCCGCGAGGCAGUCAGUCGCUUGGAGGUCAGCCUGCAGGAGCUGCAGGUGUCUUCUGUAGGGGGCGGGGCAGCAGCUGCUUCUCAUGGCUCAAACCCUGUACUAAAUAACUUACUGUCCUGUGUACAGGAGAUCAGUGAUGUAGUGCAGAGGUAGCUAAUCAUGGUUCUGCUGACAUAUUCAGGAGGCAUUUCUUACUGAUCACCCCAAAUACCAUCAAAUAACCACCUCUGUUGGGAUGCAGUGGCCAGUGUGUGACAGUCAGAUUUAGUGUUGGAGGAGCCAGUAAAAGGGUUAGACCUCUCUGCUUCUAAAGGAAAUCCAAUUGCUGGGAAAUUUUAACCAAACACCAGUAGAACAAGUUUUUUAACACUAAAGGCACCACAUUCAUUUUACUUUCUUCUUUUUUUUUUUUUUUUUUCAUUUCUGCUUUUGCUUUUUGUUCUUUUACAUCUCAGGUUUAAAUAGUGUUCUCAUAUGGAGAUUUCUCCAUUCUUACUGGGUCCAAAAAUAAAGUGAGCGUAGAGUGGCUUUUUUAUUUUUUUUAGAUUCGUUAUGUACCACAGUCUUGCUGUUUGCUAGGAAAGAUGGCCGUCUUUGAAUGUUAUGGAGGAGCCCCUGGGCAUGAUGUAAGCAGACUCUUCAAAAUGUGACGGGCUCUUAUUCAUUUUGUCACUUAAAGUAAAGGCAAAACUUUGUUUUGGAUAGAGAGGAGAGGAAUUGGAACACCUAUCUGUUUUUAUUGCUGUCUGUGUCCCCAUUGGGGAGAUUCACCUUCUCUAUUUGUCCUGUUUACCAUUCUAAUUCAAAGUUAUAAGUAAAGGAAAAUCUAAAAUUUGGGGUUGUCCCCAGAAAAGUAAUAGAGGAGAAAUCUUCCAAUGGGGAUACUAGUUCUGGUUAGACAUG